AUGUCAUCGCAAGAUGCGAGUCAUGGCGACCAAGGCCUCGCCGCCGCCGCUCCGAGCGACCCGAUGCACGAUUUGGCAGCUUGUCUCGGCCUUGUCUCGGCAAAAAGUUUGGCGCCAUUUUCGCCUCGUUUGCCCAACGUCAACCUGGCCACCCAGCGGUCUGGCCUCCUGGCGGCUCUGCCCGAUGCAAGUACCAUCAAAGGCAACGAGCUGCCACAGCUGUCAGAUGAACAGCGGACGAACGCCGCGGCAGUGCUUAAUGAGCUGGGGCUGCCAGACACCAGCGAGUCUGUCCCGCAUGCAGUUGGUUUCGUACUACUCAAAACCCUCCUCCGGGAGCUGAAAGCCGAGGCGAAGGCCGCAGCCGCCGAGCAGGAGCGCCAGGAAGCCGUGGCAGCUGCCGCCGAGAAGAGAGCCGACAACGAGAGAAACGAGAAGCUGAAAGCCGAGGCAGCUGCCGAGGCGAAAGCCGCAGCCGCCGAGACAGCGCGCCAGAAAGCCGUGUCGAGGGCUUCCGAGUUCCUGCUCGAUAAGGACAUUGUCUUGCCAGCUCUCGGUCCUGCCAAUCUGGGCAAAUCGAACAUGCGUGCAUUUGUGUCAGCAGCGCACAAAGCUGCCGUUGCACUCCACGGCGAAUUUGGCGUACAUACCGAUUUGGAAUACACAGCGCGUCCUGCUGAUGCUCUUCAUGAUGCUGCUCGGGCUGGGUAUGAUGGCGAGGCAGCUGUUCGGCUGCUGGUGUACCUCACGCUUACUGCGGUCGCCAAAGUCCUCGGACAGCAUCAACUGGGCGAGAUUCCUUAUUGCUUCAAGACCGCCGGCAUCAAGCUCUCGGCAGCGAACGCGGCACAGGACCUCUGGCACGUCUCGUGGCUCGGCAUCGGUCAUGGUGCUCUCGUGAUCAAGAAGCCGUCCGCCCCGGAACCCACCAGCAGUCCGAAAUACGAGGAGCAACGCAAGCAACUCGCGCUCGAAGACUCGGACAAUCCACUCAUUCUCGGGCAGCUGUACGACUACUUGCAGGAGCUGCGCAUCACCUACAACCUGAACUCGGUGUUUGGCAUCCUGACCAACUACAUGUACUGGCGCAUCUGCUGGCUGGACGACGCCGCAUCGAACGAGCUUGCCGCGUGCCGCGGGGAGCUCAUUCGAUGCGGGGAAUCGACAGCACACGAACUGGACCAGCACGCCUCGUUCCCCUUGUCGCAGUUCGCGGCAACCCAAGUGACAGCCACGCCGUUCCCGCCGCCAACGCAGCAGCGCGAGCCUCUGAAGCGCGAGCUCCGCUGCAGCCAACCCUUCUACUACCGAGACAAGGAAAUCGUGUCCGUUAUCGCUUCCGCGCUCUACAAGAUGAGCCGCAUCGUCCCAAUACGCGGCCGAUGCCACACAGCCCUUGCCGUCACUUCGAAAAGCUACGCAUGGGAGUCGUUCAAGAUGCCUCUUGACUUUCACCACAUGCCGACCAUUGACAAAGCGUCAAAUCGCCUCUACCUGACACUCCGACUCGGUGGUGGCGGCGAUGGCACGGCGUGGCUUGCAUCGAACGCAGCGGGCCGCGUCUGCGUCGUCAAGUUCUUCAACGAGCCCAACUUGGAGGACAUUCAAGCCGAGUGCAAUCGGUGGAACGACAUCUGGCAUCAGCGAGACCCCCAGUUUCCCGAGGCGGUUGUCGUCACACUGCUUCAGCAGCCGGUGCUCGUCAUGCCAUUUGUCAAGACAGGAGAGUUUCCCAAGCAAGUACCUGCGGACGCUCGAAAGGCGAUUCGCGAGGCCGCGCAGAGAAUGGCCACAGCAGGCUACAUGCACGACGAUCUUCUGAUGCGUCAUGUCGGCUUCUACACGAAGGCUUCCAAUACCUUGAUGGCGGUCUUCUGCGACUUGUCACGAGUCACCCGGGUGAGCUCCGCCACAGAGAAGGAAGACGCGUGGCAGACCAUGCUCGCCAACCUUUCGCGUGAGCUCAAAGUCGAAUUGUGA